CUUCUUGUCAAGUUGAUUCCAGGCAACCAGCAACAUGUCCGGCUUUAGUGUGCACAAAGCGGCCUUGGAAGGUCAAAUUGGUCUUGCCAGAUCACUACUCAAUGAUGACCCAAAACUCAUCAAUGUCAAGGACGAGGACGGCAGAACUCCUCUUCAAUGGGCGGCUACCACUUCAAGUCUCUCAAUGCUUCAGCUCUUGCUGAAUUAUAACCCGGAUCUGGAAGCGAGAGAUACCAUGGGCUGGACUGCUUUGAUGAUUGCGUCUGCAUCGGGACAUAUUGAGAUCGUCAAGGAGCUUCUGGACGCUGGGGCCAAGGUUGAUUCUAGCAACGAGAAAGGACAGACGUCGUUACAUUAUGCCGCUUCCAAGGGGAACGUUCCAGUUGGACGGCUGCUCAUACGAAACGGUGCCGACAUCAACGCCCGAGACCGAGCGAAUCAACAUCCUCUUCAUCGCGCUGCUGCAACUGGCAACAACGCCUUCCUUAUUCUUUUGCUCGACCCGCCAGAGGGAAGGGCCAAGACCAGGCUGAACACCGCUGACCGUGCUGGAAACACGCCGCUGCAUCUGGCCCUGGAGAGCGGACACGGAGAUGCGGCUGUGGUGCUCAUAGAAGCUGGUGCUGAUCGUGAAAGAUCUAAUUCAGAAGGACAAGUGCCCGAAGAAAUCGAAGGCGUUGGGGGUCAAGAACAGAAGAAGGUACUGCAAUAUCUGGUGUCGAAAGUCGGGGCGAGGAAGGGAUGACGGAGAUGAUGUAGAUGCAUUAUACGAGUACGUCCCAGAAUACGCUGCUUCAAAUGGCGACACUCCCAGUGCUGGGAUUGAGAUUUUGACGGUGUAAUCCAGCAAUCUGUGCGCCAACGCGAAGUAUAAUUAUGAUCGUGCAUGUUCAUGCUAGGCAUUCGAAUGCAUAUUUGUGCUCGUGCUUGUUAUGCAGG